GCGCCCCUGCUUCGCCAACUACCCGCUCCCGCGCCCGUGCCAGCCGGGGACACGGACGUCCCCGCCACCCGCAGAAGGAGCCGCAGGAGCAGUCGCGGCCGCCGCCGAGCGCCAGCAUCCUCGGGAGAGACGCCCCAGGCUCCGCAGCCGCCUGCCUCGGCCGGCUCUCCGCGCUCUCCCGGCCGUCGCCCCUGCCGGGCCGCCCGCGGGACACCCGGAGCCCCACCUGCCGCGCCCCAGGGCUGCGGGCACAGGGCAGAGAAGGCGCGAGCAGCAGGCGCCCAGGAAACCGCUUCCCCGCGUCUCUGCGCGGCGAGAAAAGCCACAGCCGCGAGCCCCGGCGCUCCCUGCUCCGGGUCCCCAAGUUCAGGGCGACACACCUCAAAGGGCGUCUGUCCCGCGCGGUGAGCUCUUCGGCCGCAUCGGCCCCAGCGGGCCCCCAGGACUCCGAGCGCCUCCGGUGCCCGCACCCCAGGCGCCCUCCCGGGUCCCCGGAGACGGCCCGCGCGCCCCGGCUGGGCCAUGCCCGGGCUGCGCCGGGACCGCCUGCUGACCCUGCUGCUGCUGGGCGCGCUGUUCUCCGCCGACCUCUACUUCCACCUCUGGCCCCAAGUGCAGCGCCAGCUGCGGUCCCGGGAGCGCCCGCCGGGCUGCCCGUGCUCGGGUCGCGCCUCCUCCGCGGCGUCCGCCGCCUCCUCGAACCCCGGCACGAUCGCGCACAACUUUUCCCAAGCCGGGCCCCGGGUCGAGCAGGACGGCGGCGGCCGCAGCGGCUCGCGCUCCAAGCUGCAGGCCCUCUUCGCCCACCCGCUGUACAACGUCCUGGAGGAGCCGCCUCUCCUCGGGCCCGAGGACUCGCUCCUGGCCAGCCAGGAGGCGCUGCGGUAUUACCGGAGGAAGGUGGCCCGCUGGAACAGACGACACAAGAUGUACAAGGAGCAGAUGAACCUCACCUCCCUGGACCCCCCGCUGCAGCUCCGACUGGAGGCCAGCUGGGUCCAGUUCCACCUGGGGAUCAACCGCCACGGGCUGUACCCCAGAUCCAGCCCUUUGGUCAGCAAGCUCCUGAACGACAUGAGGCACUUUCCCACCAUCAGUGCUGAUUACAGCCAGGACGAGAAGGCUUUGCUGGGGGCGUGUGACUGCACCCAGAUUGUGAAGCCCAGCGGCGUCCACCUGAAGCUGGUGCUGAGGUUCUCGGACUUCGGCAAGGCCAUGUUCAAACCCAUGAGACAGCAGCGAGAUGAGGAGACGCCCGCAGACUUCUUCUAUUUCAUUGACUUUCAGAGACACAACGCUGAGAUCGCAGCUUUCCAUCUGGACAGGAUUCUGGACUUUCGACGGGUGCCGCCAACAGUGGGGAGGCUAGUGAAUGUCACCAAGGAAAUCCUAGAGGUCACCAAGAAUGAAAUCCUGCAGAGCGUUUUCUUUGUCUCUCCAGCCAGCAACGUGUGCUUCUUCGCCAAGUGUCCGUACAUGUGCAAGACCGAGUACGCAGUCUGCGGCAACCCGCACCUGCUGGAGGGCUCCCUCUCUGCCUUCCUGCCAUCCCUCAACCUGGCGCCCCGGCUGUCAGUGCCCAAUCCCUGGAUCCGCUCCUACACACUGGCAGGAAAAGAGGAGUGGGAGCUCAACCCCCUUUACUGUGACGCUGUGAGACAGAUCUACCCCUACAACAGCAGCAACCGGCUCCUCAACAUCAUCGACAUGGCCAUCUUUGACUUCUUGAUAGGAAACAUGGACCGUCACCAUUAUGAGAUGUUCACCAAAUUCGGGGAGGAUGGGUUCCUUAUUCACCUCGACAAUGCCAGAGGGUUCGGACGACACUCCCAUGACGAGAUCUCCAUCCUCUCGCCUCUCUCCCAGUGCUGCAUGAUCAAAAAGAAAACACUCUUGCACCUGCAGCUGCUGGCCCAGGCCAACUACAGACUCAGUGACGUGAUGCGGGAGUCUCUACUAGAAGACCAGCUGACCCCAGUCCUCACAGAACCCCACCUCCUGGCCCUGGACCGCAGACUCCAAAUCGUCCUCAAGACAGUGAAGGAGUGCACAGAGGCACAUGGAGAGCAGCGUGUCAUAGCCGACGUCCCAGCACAGCAAUCGGUCCUGGACUCUGGUCAGGCUAACCUGACAAGCUAAGGGCUGGAGAGACAACUGUCAGAAAGCACAGCUGGAGCCAGCGGUGGACUCUGCAGUACAGACCACCGCUUCCUUACUUCCCCCUCCUAAUGCUGGAGGGCAAGUCUCUCGCUCAGGAAGAGGCAGGGCAUGUUUUGAAACAGCAAGUGGGAUCCACUGACCUUGCUCUACGAGAUCACCUCUACAGUGAAUUGCCUUGGCGCCGUCUUUCCCAGAAAGCUCUAGCUCCCUCAAGGCCACAGACUAUCUUCCCAGUGCACUGGCAACCUGCACAUGACUCACAUCUGGAAGGUUUGUAAGUCCUGUUCCCAGGGAAGUUUUAACAGUACCACGUCAAAUAAAAGAACAAGUGGGUAACUGUCCCCUAAGUCCUUAUUCUAUCUACAAGUAAAGGAUAAUUCCCAGCCCAGAUUAUCUUGCAUAUCUCAAACAGCCUCAAAAUCUACAAAUAACUCAGUCUCAAACUGGUUCAAACUAGACUUCACAAUUUCUACUUAUAUUUCAGUCACUGUCCCUACUGAGCGAUAACUUCUCAGAAUAUUAUCACAAAAAAAAUGCAAAUAAAAUAGGAAUUUGCUCUAAACACCAGAAAAGAGAUGUUUCAGUAUGACAAUAUUAAAUACCAACUGAAAAAACAAUGUCAAAAUUAGCAGGCAGUAACAACAGGAGGGAUUCUAAUGGAGGGCAAGCAGGGGAGGUCUUCGAGGUCAGGACAGCACAUGGGUCAGGCCUGUCAGGUUCUAGAGAAAGGCCUGGAGAAAGGAAGGACAAAGACCAGGGCCUGCCGGACCACAAUCCUCCUCCUAUGUCCCAGAAUUGUGGCCUAUGAGAUCCCAAAAGGAACAGGGGGCUAUCUGGAGAGAUGAGGGCCUCUGGAUACCUUCUCCUCGUCUUGACUCAGAAAUAACGACUGAGUUUCUGUCCCAAAUCUGCUUUAAAGGACAGUAGGGAUUCCCUGUCUCCUCCAUUUCUCCCUACUGACUUGUUGACAUCUCAAACUCUAGAACUGGAGAUGUGUUUAUUCCAGAAUUAAUAACUGAAACCACAAAUAACAAUGUAUUCAUUCUACAGAAUGGUUAGUCAACCAGCAAAAAUAAAUGAUCUCAUCAUAUCAACUUCUCUACUGAUAAAGGUUAGUAAAAGGGUGAGGGGAGUAGAGAACAAGGUCAGGAACUAGAAAUGUCAUCCAAGAUUGCAGUGUCCAAAGACAGCCCAAGGAGAAAGGAUAACAGGUACCUCUGACCUACCCUGGUACCCAAUACCGGUACGUUGCCCCUGAGCCUUGUGGUUCCCUAAAAGAUCACUAUGGUUCACUCCAAGUCCACCCACAUUACAGAAACAUAGAGGCUUCCAGUCCUCCCAAACAUACACAUAACCUCCAACCCCUCAAGAAAGAGAACUAAGGCUCAGAGAGAUAAACCACCCGAUCCAAUGGUUUAGACCUGUCCCAAUGGGUUCUUUCCACUGUAAUACAAAAACCCAACCGAGUUACAACCAAUUUAUGGUUAUGUUUGCUGUAGAAAAGAGAAAAAUAGCUUCCUAAUAGAGGAACCUUAAUCCCAGAGACUGCCUCGCAUGGGGUGGCUGAAUGUAGCACAGGACUUCCCACUUCAUCAGCUGUUUCUCCCACUUCAAGUCAUUUUUUUCCCUGAGGAGGGACCAGGAAAUCACCCACAAAGGAAUGCGUGAAAAUAAUCAGGGAAAGACAUUCAAAGAAAGGCACAAAAGGGUUGGGAUUUCCAAACCACAGAACCUCAGGAAGGUGAGUUUCAGCUCCAUCCAACCUGCUACUGCUAUGACGGCAAGCUAGUUUUUGAAGGGUAUAUGAUAUUGUGAUCUACUAUUCAAAAUGAAAGUAACAGAACUAAAUUUGACCAUGAGGUCAAUAUGCCUUAUUAUUCACUCUUUAACAUUCUAUUGUCUUUUUAACAAAAUUAUGAUGAUUCAUCAAAUGGUAUUAAAAAUGUCCUCACAGUACUGAUUAGCAUUCCUUAAUGUUAGAAGGCUGUCAUGUUUUUUUAGAAACUAGUGAGUUCAUCCAAUUUGUUCAUUUUCAACCGCUGCUCAAGUUCCCGUAAACUAUUCUAUGAAAACAUUCCCUGUCACCUCUGACAGCAAACAGAAGAAUGAAAUACGCCAUACAGUACAGAACUUGGUGAUGCAGGGGCUGGAGCAUCUCUGCAGCCUUCUCAAAAACCAGAACAAUUUGAGUCUGAAGACCACAAACCCGUCAAUUCUCUUGGUGUCCUAUAAAGUUGUCUCGGACAUAAAUUAGCAAAUACUGAAAUUCUUCAUUGCUCUGCCAGGAUAGGUUUCCAGAGUUUAUGUUCACUUUGUUUUCAACCCAUCAACAAGCAAUCUUGUUUUCUUGUUCAAGACCCCAUAUUUUAGUCUGCGGAUCUCUUAACGCUGCAUUCACGGCCACCAGUAACCGACUCAGGCCUGAACAAAGCUUAUCUAAUAUGCGUACUUUCUACCUAAGACACAGAACAGCCUUCUUGCACGGAGGCACCUGGUUGGUUAGCCCAGCAGGACUACGGGCCUUUCCAAAUAGGAAAAUCAUCAACAAAAAGCACAAAACUGCAAAGUGGCACUAAGAAGACAAAAAAUAAAUAAAUAAAUAAAUAAACAAACAAACAAAAACCACAUUCACAGUGUGACAGCUGAAACAAAAAUGCGGAGUGUCCCCUUGUUGGAGAUUCCAGCUCUUCACUGCUCUGUGCAAGUCCUCAAAAUGACUGCAAAAGCACUGUGGGUACAGUGGGGGGUUACAAAUAAAUUUAGAAGUAGGCAAAUUUGCAAAUACAGAAUCCAUAAAUGAUGAGGAACAACUCAUUUGAGAUUAAGAUGAUAAAAAAGUUCUCCAUCUAGUGGCAACUUUUAGAAGCACAGACCUACUUAGGCAAAAUUGGCAGAACUUUCAUUCACAAAUCAGUGAUUUUAGUUUCAUGUGGAGUCAUGAAGCCAAAAGUUCUGAAGUUAUGUCAAACAAAUUUCAGCAAUGUACAUGACAAUACUGGUUUCUAUACUAAAAUCCCACAGUGUGAGGUGAGAUUGAUUGAUUCCCCCUUUACUUCAUAUAACUACAGUCUUUACUGAUAGUUAUUUCGACAGACAUCUUCAAGGGCAAAUUCAGUGGUUAUCUAGCCAUUGUUCAUUCCUAAAUGUUGUUUCAGUCCAUACAAAAAUACAUUUCCGGGUUCUAAUCAAAGUAAAAAAAAAAAAAAAAAAAAAAA